AUGUAUUCAAUAGAAUCAAUAACGGAUGUUGCUACAGCUCCCCACGAAGAAGAGGACAGCUUCGAAUGGCCUGUCCCCGAAAAAGUAGUAUCGAUGCCUGUAGAAGCUUUACAAUCGAAGGAGAAGUUAAAAGAACAAAAAUCGGCACCUUCUUAUUUACAUUCCUUGGCUGACAAUGAUGCCCCGUCUUUUCGAAAACCGGGAAAAGAACCCCGACCAGCUAUACUGACAGGGAGUAUUGUGACUGAAGAGGAUGUUGUUAAUAUGAUUGCUGCUCACGAGUCGGACCCUGAGAAUGGAUUGAAAAAAUAUUUGAUCCAGUUAGUGGUUCAAAAGAAGAUAGUAGAGAACUACAAUUUAACUGAACGAAAUUUCCUCGUGAUCCUACUGGCGGAGACAGUCGAUUACGCUGCGCAACGCGAUUUUGAUUCACACAAGCUCGCGGCUCUGAUGACCAUCUAUUUGUCUACGCAUCUCUAUUUCAAGUGGUAUUACUGGUCUCCGCCUGGUGCCAUUUGGGCAUACUUCAAGGAAGUCAUGAUUCGGCAUGCUAUUCACCUACCCACAGCAGUUGCAGUGCUAGUAAGAGCUUUAAAUCCCAAAGAUCCAUUGCGAUCGUCGUUGCCCAGAGACAUAAAGUUAACAAUGUCCUAUAAUAUGAGCUUGUGCGCGAGGAUGAAAGGCGACGGCGAGCGUGGUUGA